AAGUAUGUACUGAUCUCGGUAAUGAGAGUAACCCCGGACCGGAACAGUGAACGAAAGAUGCUUGUAUUUUGAAAAUUUAUUUGUGUGGUGUGUAUUAUACUAUUAUUAUACAGUAUACAGACUUAAAUUUGAGACUAAAGCACAUUUCAGCACAGAAAUUCUCGUAAGGAAAAAAAAAUAAAAUGAAAGAAGCAACCAUUGACUCUACGUACACCAUACCAUGUUCACACACCGUUCACUGUGUAGAAUUUUCUCCAUUUGAAUGGUCAUGUCAGCUUCUUGCCGUUGGAACGUCCUCAGGCAUUUCUGUUUUUUCCUGUCGUUUUCAGGUGAAGUAGGCCUUACUUAUUGAUUCUUACUAAACUUGCUUCUACUUCUAUACUCUAGUAUAAGCAAUAUCCUAACUAAUUUAUAAUGAGAUAACAUUAGCUGAUGUAUGAUAUAUUAAUAUUAUUAAGCUUCUACUUCUACCUUGAAGUAAUGAAUGCUAAUCAUUAAUCAUUAUCAUUAUUAACUAAUUAAUUAAUUGAAUUUACUCCAUUAAACUAUAGAUUAUCCCUAUGCCUAUAGUCAUAUUCAUUAUUCAUGUAGUCUUGGUAACAUUACAGGUCCUUAAGUUAUAUUUUAUAUAGGCUAAGGCUAAGUUAGGGGUAAUCCCUUAUUUUAACACAAAAUAUUAUUUCUAGAAAAAUAAAUUCAAAAAUUCAUUUUUGCCUCAUUGAACUUCAUUAAAAGUAUUGUUUAAAAGUAAAAUACCAUCUUUUUGUUGGAAUUCAACAAUUUAACCAAAUUUACGAGAUCAAAUAAUGUGCAUUUUCAUGAAUCUAUGUCUUUUACUGCGCCAUUAUGGUCGGGAACUCUUCUGUGUUCAAAGAUACGUUAUAAAAGUUGCCCAAUUGGAUUGAUCUAGAUUAAAAUAAAAAGUUGUAUUUAUUUUAUUACUUUAUUUUAUAAUGUCUAGGUGUCAGAUAUUUCUUUCUAAACCAGUGGUGGGUUUUAGACAAAUUUAAAUAUUUAAGUAUAUCAUGCUCUAGGCAUCUUGAAUAUCUGUAGGGUCAUCGGUGGAGGGCCGUUUAAAGGUAAUACUCGCAAGGGGCAGCAAUAUCAAUGGACGCAUUUUCUAUACACUAGGGGCUGUAGUUACAGUCUUUGCCCAGGGCGCGCUUUUCCUUUGCCCGGUCCUGCAUCCAUUACUGACUUAACGCGCCUCGAUUUUAGUGUGAGGGGUGGGGGUUAUGUGGGACAAUGUUUGUUAACAUUUUAAAAUGUCAAUUUUUUAAAAAUUUGUGAGGAUUUCUUUGUCAAUACAUAGUUGGGGAUUUACAAAGGGGCGGGGGAGUAAUAAAAUAAAUGACUAUAGCGAAGUCAACACCGGAACAGACAGAUUAUCAGAUUACUAAUAAAGCAAAACGUGUCCGUCCAAUUAUAUAAAAUCACUAACGCUGUCGAACACAUUUUACUCAUCACAAAUCAGAGUCAACUUAGGUGUCAUCUAAAUAAAUAAGUCCCUCCUAUCGAAAUAGAGGUGACCAACCACAGACCAUUUAACAUUUUAUUUGCCUACUAUGAGAUGACUCUCAACUGCCAAGAAAACGUCAUUCCAUUUGCGUAGGAAGUGGGCUGUGAAGGGGCGGUCCACCACAUGCUGCGUUUUCUGCCAAGUGAAGAGUUUUUGGUGUUUUUAUUUUUUUUGAUUUAGUGGUAGAGGGCGGCACAACUCUAGACCAGCACCUCACUCAGACACUACAGCAUUCCUCUUCAUUCCUAGCUGUUAUUACAGUACUAGAAGAUCACGUGCACCAGCAAUGUCUCUAGCUAACACCUCAUUACAUAAUCCCUGGUUCACUCUUUACGGGGAUAUGCAACACAUCAACCAACGCUUGGACCUUCGUCGCUCUCUGAUGUUGGUGGAAUUCUAUUACAUAGCUGAAUCUCUCUAUGCAUCUUUUGCGCUGGCGCUGUUUCUCCGGUCAGCUGAUUACCGAAGUCAUUCUUUGAUACGUUGAUGUAAUAGAUAAGUGAGAGACAUAGUGGGAGCGACAUGGUCUCCACGGCCUUGCAAUGUUUCUGUUAAGAAAGGCGAGGGGUUCAACGCGUACCGGUUUAAGGUUUUGGCAGAUUUCUGAUCGUUAAUGCUGCAUAACCUGGAUGGCGUGCAUCUGGACAAAGGAACGCAGGACAAGUAAACCCACGGAAACUCACCAUAAGACAUUUGAACACAGGACAAGUGAGCCAAUGGACAAGUGAUCUCGCAGAAAAUUGAAUACCCUCAUAAUUCUUUUUUUCAUUUUAGACCCAUCCUCUGAGAUGGAAACCGGUUUGACAAAUUUUUCUUGAACUGUCCAGUUUUUCUCGAUUUUUGGCAUACUUAGGAGUCGAUCGAUCAGUUAGUUAACUAUUCAGCCAAUGCGUGACCAGAUUUUUUCACUAUUUCCCAGUCCCAGGCCACAAGCAAAAUUCACACGAUGAAAGUAAGGUAAAAAAAGAUGCUGAAGUCAGACUCAGAGGCGUCAGCUGACAGUGGGGUCAUACAAUGAAGUAUUAAUUGAUGGUGUAACCUCAGCCCCCCCCCUCCCCCCCUCUCCCCCCCCUCUCCGACUCACAUAAAUUUUGUACUUGGAAAAGGGUAUUUUUAAAAAAAAAAGGUUUUAUUAUGAUAUACCUUCAGUGUUUCUUCUCUUUUCUAAUGGAUUUAAUUUCAAAUUUUCACAAUCUUUGGCCGGUUGUUGUAUUAGGACAAUGAUACUUGGCUCUUUGCCCCUUUCCCUCAGUGCAUUUAGAAUAUACCAGACCUGUGUACUCUUACGUGUACAGUGUACAAUUUUUAGUUGUAUACAUAAUAUAUAUUGUAUGUUUAUUUUGGUACUAUUAAGAUAAUGUAUUGAACAAUUUUGUGAUGAUAUUGUAAGAUUUUAAUAGUUUGUGGGUAAACAGGUAUGAUAUACGAAUGCAGCCUUGUGGGGAGGGGAGACUAGAAAUUUACGAGAAAUCCAGCAAACAGUUCCCAGACAACUGAACACAGGUGAAGUUAUCAUACGUAUAAAUGAGCACACAGACAACUUUACCUAUAGCAGACCUGUUUACCCUCAAACUCUUAAAAUCGUACAAUAUAAUCACAAAAUCGUUUACUACCUUAUAGUAAAAAAUAAACAUACAUUAUAUUAAAUGUUUACACCUCAUAAUCGUACAUUGUACGCCAAAAUCGUAAGAGUAAACAGGUCUGCUAUAGCCUCCUUUACCCAAUGGCAAAGUCCCAUGGCCAAGUUCAAACUCUUGUCUACCUGUUUUGGGGGCACAUGGGCAGCCGGAACCGAGCAUCGGAAAAGACCACUGAUGAUAUCAGACAAUACACAUUACCAGAAAUGGGGCAUCAUCCUAGUUCAUGUUAGGAAGCCAAAAAUUCGUAAAAGUCCCAAAUCGUGUCAUCCUGACUUUGGGAGCUUCCCAUUUUCAUCGGAGUUGAUGCCAGUGCAUGCCAAACCUAAAUUCCAGAAAAACUGGAAAAUUCAGGAAAAAUUCAUAAAACCAGUUUCUAUCUCCCAGGGUGGGUCUGAAAAUGCACAAAAUCAUAUACAUUUUUAAAGGUCAAAUUUUCCAUAAUUCGAUCCACCAUCUUUGAAAACUCAGGUUGCCAAAUUGAGUCGCGGAACCCUUUACAGUUGGGUCAUGACCAAUGUUUAUGUGUGUGAGCAUUUUAGGUUUUUCUUACCCUCAGUUGUCUGUGUGUUGACUUUGCUGUGUGUACACUUGUCUGUUGGUUCAUUUGUUCGCGCCUACCUAAACCAAAACAUGUCACUGUUUCUUCAUUAUGUAAUAUAUCAAAGAAUAACUUUGACCAAGGAAAUGUUAUGAACUCACCAGGUCGGGGAAAAGUUAUGAGCUGACCAGGGAUCAUGUUAUGAGGUGUAAACCAGAGACAUGGCGGGUGCACUUGAUCAUGAUAUACUGUAACGGCAAGGGAUGACUGAGCUCAGGUUGAGGCCAAAAAGCCUUUGACAGACAAAUACCAUCGGCGGGCCAGAUGAACUGGCCUCGCGGGCUGUAGUUUAGUGACGCCUGAGCUAGAUUAAGUUAAUUAAUUAGAUUAAGGCUAGAUCUGUUUAUUUCUUCUUUUUUUUUUAGGAAGAAGAUGCAGAAAUUUCAAAGGGUAUUGAGUAUACAAGAUUGAGGGACUUUUCAACAAAAUCAAGCACUUUGGCCAUUGCUUGGAGUCCACAAACAUCUCUAAAAGUUUUACCUAAAAACAUGAGGUAGCCUUUAUUCAUUUAGUUUCACUUGGCCUAGAAACUAUAAGCCAUUGUUUUUAAAAGCUGUUUUUCAAUGUCUAUCAAAAAAAACUAUCAAGUGCUAAAUUCAGUUCUGCCAUUUUUUCACUGUUUAAGGAAAAUGUAAUUGAAUCUUUUAAUAACUUUUGGCAUGUCAUGCCCAUUAAAAAAUAGAAUUCAUGUAAUACAUCACUAUCUAGUAUUUUCUUUUUGCCGUUUAGUUUUGCAGCAGCAACUGAUGAUAGAACACUCACAGUUUUUUCAACAGAUAUGAAUACUUCAAACACUAUUACAGUGAGUAGCCCACCCUUUUUUUGAUGACAUAGUUUUAAAAAAUAGAAAUAUUAUGUUUAGGUUCAUCCAUUCAGUAAAAAUUUCAUGAUCAUUUAUUAAUGUUAUUUUAAAAAAUUCUAACCCUCUAAACCUUUUUAAAUAAGCUGAAGCAAGUUUAGGAAAUAGUGGGAAAAAAUACAAAUUAAAAAACGUUUAAACAAUUUUAAUGACAUAAUUUUAAGUAAAAAUAAUGUAUUUAAUGAUCUUGACAUUAUUUUUGCGAAUAGAUUAUCUGUUUUAUUGAAUUUCAAUCCUUUUAGGUUAUAGACACUUAACGCGCAGCAUUAAACCGUACACUGCUUUAUGGUUAGUGAAAAGUGAAGUCGGGGGAUGUGGAACAGGCCAUAUCUGCUUUUGUUAUUUUUCAGGAAAAUUAGUUGCUUAGCAUCAUUUCUAAAAAUAGAUGAACCUUCAACACUUAAUUUUUCAGAUGAAUAAAGACUAUGAGAAUGAUAAAUAUACAUAUGGUAUUUCAUUAUUUAUGUAUUCAGGCAUUUUUAUAUAGCGCUUACCUUAAAGCUCUAAGCGCUUUACAAUUAUUAAAAACAUGUAAACUAAGUAAAAUAAAAAUGAGACACUAGGAUAGUAACUACUAUACUAUAGAAAUAAUUAAAAUGGCUAUAAAACGAGGACACUUUGGCACGUUUUGGCCUAUACUAAAGGAUCAUUACAGUUUAACGCAGUCUUAGAACAUUUUAUCAGCAGUGGGUGUUAGCUUAUGAUUUUGCACUCAGUCUCAGUAUCAGCAGUGAAUAAUGUCACAUUUACCUAAUAGAUCUACUAGAACUUAUGUGCCUGCGAGACUGAUUUUUUAAUGUAGCUAAUUACUUAAUUGAUUUGCAAAUGGCCCCUGAAUUUCACUAUAGUGGAAACUCUGUCAGUCUUAGUGCUGGUAAAGGGUUUGUUAAAUAAUUUGUGUAAUUUUCACUUGAAAAUGUUAAAUAAUAUUAAGUUUGGCUAUCAUUUUGUGCAACUUACAAGAGUUACUGUUAUAGAGAGCUUGUUUACAUAAUAUUUCUCGUGCGUGCCUUCUGAUUGACCCCGCAUGAGACGCUGUGUUCACAAAGGGGUGUGGCUUAGGCCUUUGAAGUAUUAUCGUUUACACCGCCAACCACUAAAAAUAAUGAAUCUGUUCCAAAUAGUAUUUUGUAGAAUAAAUGGGAUUUUUCUAGAAAUGCUGUGUAGCAGCUCGAAAGCAGGACUUGGGCGUUGGUAGACCCACCUAUAUAAGGGAUUGACAGGCACGGACGAAGAGGGAGAUUUCAGAUAGAUUUUCUUAACAUUACGAGGCGUGUUUUAUUCUUUGUGUAUUUGUAUGCUCAUAUGUGUUUAUUUCGGUAAUAAAUAACCGUGUAAUAAGAUUGACACAAUUGACACAUCCGGUACAAGAUCUACCAUACUGUAAGUUGAAGAUUGUAAUUAUAUUUUUCUUUUCUUUUGUAAUUAUCUUAAGACAUAAUAAAUUUUAAUUAAUUGUAACUAGAAACUGUUUUGGGUCGUAUCUUUAAUAUUGUUGAUUCUAUGGUAUCGUCCUUUGUUAGGCACUGCUUACAACGAGCCAAUUAAAAUUAAAAUAGGAGAUUAAUUUCUCCCAAUACAAGUCAGUGCGUAACAGUUACAUGUUUUUUUAUGUGUGUAAUUACUAAACAUUCAAAAUUAUAUACUUUUAUGUUUUUUGAUGUAAACAUUCAAAAAUAUAUACUAUUAUGUUUUUUGUAUACUGAGGAAAACUUUCAAGCAUUUGUCAUUACAAAAAUAGAUUCUCUCAGGACAUAAAGGAUUUGUGAAUUCCAUCACUUAUGAACCAGAUGAAGGCACGAGAUUGGCAAGUACAGGAGAUGAUAUGACUUGCCGCAUUUGGACUCUCACAGAAGCAAAGCAAGAAUCCAUCUUUCAACUUACAUCACCUGGUGUAUCAGUCUGUUGGCACUCAGAUGAGCAAUACAAGGUAUUACAAGCAAAAAGAAGAGAAUUGGACCGAUUUUUAAAUGAUUUUUAAAGCUGUCUGCUUAAAUACAUAUGAGGUUUUAACUUAUCAUUGAUAAUGUGGCUUUAAUUUGAAAUGAUAAUACCACUAAUAAUAAUUGAAAAGCAAUACAAAAUAUGAGCAGAAAAAUAAUGAUAGUGAUUAAUGGAGGAGGAAUUGUUGAGCAGUCACUUCACUACCAGAAAUGUUAAAUCAGUUUUAGUAUCACUUUGGGGAAGUACUCAAGGCAGUUGUUUCUUUGUUGGUCUUUGGAAUCAGCUUUAUUAAAUUAUCGAUCAGAUUUAUUUAUAGAGCUGACAGUCUCAAACUUGCUCCACAUCAAUAAAAAUAAUUCCCUAGCUCAUCUUGUCUGCCCUAAGGGAGUAAAGGAAUGAAAUAUUUGUAGCAGUGAUUGAACUCUCCCUUGAAAUUUGGCUUUAGAGCUGGAAAAGUGACUUGUGGUUGCUCUACAUUUCUUACUUAGGGGUUUUUAGGUUGCUCUGACUGAUUGAUAUAGAAUGCUUAUUGGAAGGGUUUUGAAUUGUCAUUGGAUUAUAGGUUUGAUGGUCUUUGAUUUUUGUACGCUCGUUGACAACUUCAAAGGCAUCAAAAACAGCAUCAGUACCCGUCAAUACCUACUCUAUAUUAUAGAGUCAAUGCAACUAAAGCAUGGAGUGCCAUCUGGAAUUAUUAUUUUAGAUCAGUGGUACUUAACCUGGGUUCGAUCGAACCCCAGGGCUUCGGUGAGUCAGUCUCAGGGGUUCGGCAGAGGUCCAAAAAAAAAAUCAUUUUUCCUAUUAAGAAGGGUUCUGUGAAUGCGCAUAUGAAACUGGUGGGGUUCAGUACCUCCAAAAAGGUUAAGAACCACUGUUUUAGAGUAUGCACCUCUUCCCGUAAUCUACAUGGGCAAUGUCAUUGUGUUCCACAGCUAGCACGUAAUAAAGAUGGAUUCUGCUUGCUUGCACACAAAUAUUUUGUCUUUUUAUUACAACUCUUUCAUGACUCUUGUAUUAAUAAUCAUGUUCAUAAAAGUAACAGAAAUAUUUGACCAGUGUAUUGUUACAAAAAACGUAUAUUUAGUAAAUUUAUUUUUAAUAUCCUUGGUACAUUUGUGCCAUCAUUAUUUGAUUGAUUUAAAUUUUAUCAGUUGAUGGUAGCACAGAAAGAUGGGACCAUUCGAUUUUUUUCCCUGCAUAACAAUCAGCCAAUCAUGAGCUUAAGCUGUGGUCAAACACCUCUGUUGUCAGCUGAUUGGUCAAGACAUAACAACCUCCUUGUUGGGGCUGUGGCUGGCUCAGACUGGAUGGUGUUUGAUGUUUCUCGUUCAAGGUAUUUUGGAAUUUAUUAUAAAGAUAAUAAUCAACAAGGUCAUCUCUCACAAAGAAAGCAAUUUUUAUUGUCUUAUUGAAUUUAAUUAAUUAUUUGAAAAUUACCAAGAACUUCCUGUUUGCAGCAUUCCCAUUGAAAAGCGACAAGCUCACAGUGAGGGUGCAAGACAUUUUAAAUGGUCUAGAUGUCAUGAAUCUCUAUUGGCAACCUGUGGACGACCUGGGCGACAGUUGAAAGUUUUCAACACAAGGCACCAACAGGUUAGCUGUUGUCUUAAUUAUUGCAUAUUUUAUUAUAACAAUUUAAUAGUUACCAACUGGAAUUAGAUUAACUGUGCUCAGUAAGUACAUACAGAAAUAUUGGAAUUCAUACCAAAUGAAUAUAAAAAUUCUUAAAGGUUAGUGAAAAUUAACUUAGCUGGCAUGAUGCUAAUAUAUUACUUUUCAUUUCAUUGUGAUAGCUCCAUGUGAACACAACUCUAAAAGUAUCCUAUGGUCUUACUUGGCACCUGCACCUUCCCAUAGUAGCUGUUGGUGGAGACAAAGCUGUUCAUUUCUGGACUGUUGAAUCAAUAUAACAUUUUCUUGCUCUGUAUAGUAUAAUCUUUUAAAUUUUGUUUUGUUCUUUGUAGUAUCAUGUAAUUUCACACUUUGAAGUAUUCUGAUGUUGAAAAUAAAUAUUUUGUAGCC